AUCAUGGGGAAAUUGAUUGCUAUUGGUGCUCGUAAACGUGACGCGACUCGCGCUGUCAAUGCGUACGUAAGAGAGCUCGUCCGCGAGCUGUGCCGCGGUUUUUUAAGGUUAUAUUGACAGAGUGCGUAGCCUUGGCGGUGCGAAUGACCCCGAUUGGUUAGAAACGCUCACAAAAUCGGCCCCGUUUUAUGUGUCGCGUUACAUAAUUGUUCGUUGACUCGUUCACGAAUGUCGAACUGCAUUCACGGUACCUCGAAAACCGCGGUGGCAUCCGUCAUAACGUGCUAUUCCGAGCAUUCGCCACGCCAUAUUGGUAGCACAGUGUUUUUAAGUGGUGCUUCUUGUUUUUAGAGCACUUUGCUAAUAUCAGGGCAAUUUGUUGAAAAAGUCGUGAGACGGGAUUGCUCCUCGCAGUCCGGUAGCUUCGAAAUUGGGAACUAUGCUUACACGAGUGGCGGAAAACUAUGCUGCACAGAUUUGCAAAUCUACUUGUAAAUGAUCUUGAGGAAGAAACUGAUCGCCGUUUUUCCGCCUGUCAGAAAUAUCGUUGACAAGUUAGAGACAGUUGUACAGUAGAAGGGAAAAAUCUAUUUCGAUAGCGUAAACAGAAGAUUGCCUGUUUUGAAUUCUCAAUAUCAGAUUGAAUAAUUUUCAGCCGCAAAAUGACAGACGGCGCCGUGCCCAGAAUGAAGCGUAAUGGUGCGCGACUUUUUAAAAAUCCACCACAGCCACAUAUGUGUAUACAGGAUUUUAUACAGGGCACCACAGCUCCAUGUUACGUAAAUGUAUUAUCCUGGGACAAAAUUGCAAUGCCUCGCAGACCUUCACUGCCCGUGCCACUUUACGGAGGUAUGAGAGUGCCACCACCUCGAACAAAGACGGAAGCAAUUGUAUUCGCUGUAAUGGCCAAUCCAGAGGUUCUACGAAUGAGUGGCAAAAACGCUCAAGAUCCAAAGAAGCGUGUGAGCUUUAUCGAAUUGCUACUAGAUUUCAUAGAAGCGAUGAAUGUAGGAGUAGUCUUCACUCGUCACUACACAAUUCUAAAAGAUCGGGACAUCACGGGUGAGCUGAAAGAAGUCUGGAACGCCGUGCUAGCCAUACGCGACAGCGAACAGCGCCCACCGCAGCAGGAAACCUGGAUCGAUGCUCAGCCUUCUGUAUCACAGUAUCCUCAAUAUCCGGAACAGCAACAGCAGCAGCAACAACAGCAGCAGCAGCAGCAGCAAGACUAUACAGCACAACCACCGCAGUAUCAUCCGAACAUCGCGUAUAGAACUAUUAGCAGAGAAAAUAUCGACAAUUAUAGUCACCAGCCUCAGAAUCCGGUACUUCCUAAGAAUGAGCCUCAGAUCUUUGUAUCAGGGCCGAUGUCGCAACAAUAUCACGGCAAUGUUCCGCGAAUCGCCCUCGAUCGUUACAACUACCGUGAACGCGGCAGAGAUUGCGGCGGUAGGGACGGUCAUGUCGUACAAAACUUUAUAGCACAAUAUCAGUUUCAGCCUAGGCAAGCGUGGCCGCAAUACUUGAAUUCUAAGUACAUGCCUCCGAACUCGAAUCUGCCAUACGGACCGGCCGCGAAUACCUCGCCGGCGAUCAACCCGCCAAACUCCAUGAAACCUUUUCAGCCAUACAUCCCUUAUCAGCAACAGCAACAACAGCAGCAGUCACCGCCACCGCCGCCUUCGCAGCAACAUAUGGAUAACGCAAUGCACCCUGAUAUUCGUAGGCUUCCGCAACAACAACACCAACAGCAGCAGCAGCAGCAGUCACAGAUGCAUCCGAAUCACGUGCAACAAUACGAACAACCUGGACCGUUCAAUGUACAGAAUAAUGCGCACAGAACGGGCAGACCGCAUAUGGGAGUGAUUCAGAAAAAUAACGCUACUAAGAGACAGACGAAUUCACCGACGCACAUUUCCUCUACAAAUCCAACGAAGGAAGAUCAGUCCUUCACGAAGCCGAAAAGUCCCGUCAGGGUUCUCCAAAGAGAGACGUCAACGGAAUGGCAGGAUAAUCUUGUGGAGAACAAUAAAGUAGAAAAAGUAGAAGAGCCGAGAACCAUUCCAGUGACGGAUCUAGAUGAGGAUCUUAAGAAGAGCAACGAGAUCGAAACUUAUGCUGUAGAAAUGUUGACGAAGAAGGAAGAUGUCAACAAUCCGGGUAUCGCAUGUACCAUUGAUGAUGCGCCGGUGUGCGAAAAUAAUUCUGUGAAGCCAGAAAAACCUCCACCGGAAACCAAGGAGUCGGAAGCGCCAGCUGUACAACAACCUAGUGGUCCGAAGAAUCCGAACAAAUUCGCGAGAGGCAACGCGAAAACACGAAAAGCGGGUAAAGGUGACAAGCACAAUUCCGUUGCGUCGGACAGUCCGAAGCGCUCGCAGCCGACGAUGAAUAGCAUCAUCAAAAGCGUAUUUAAGAUUAAUCCGGGCGCAUCUGGCGAGGACACAUCCGGCAAACGAAAGACGAACGGGCAAACGAAGACUGCUAACGGUAAAUGCGAAAAUGAGGAGCAAGUACAGCAAGGGUACACGAUAUUGAAGAAAGAGGCUCAGGAGGAGAUAGUGAGCGAGCUCGCCCAAAUAUCUAUUCAAGACUGCAAGGACGCGACCGAGAUCGGUCCCGUACUUUCGUGAUAGCCUGGUUUACAGCUGAUGUACAGCUGUGCCGUCACACGACCGAGGGCUUCGAUGUAAAUAGAUAGAACAUUAUUCAAUAAAAUAGUCAUGAGGGAACGCAGAAAACCACUAGGAAAUGGAAUGGUGAGAGAAAGGGAGACACACCAUCUACGAUCACAUGCUCUUAUGAAAUGCGCUUCGAGUCCCUUUGUAAUCCAUGCGUCUUCCUUCGUGGAAGUUUCGACGAUCGAAUAUCAUCGCGCGGGCAUCUGACCAUAUAGACAUUACGUGUGACUCAGUGAAUCGUUGCAACAGUGUUGUCAACAGGAAUAGUUUGAUGAUUGAUCUCUAUACUAUCAUCUGCCAAGAGAAGACACUUCAAUAGUCGAUAUUUUAAUCCUUGACGACCCACAAUGUCGACGGACGCUCUCGAUGCGCUUUGAAAUUCGUUUUUUGUUAUAUUAGAAAAGUGAUAAACUGUCCGAGAUGGAAGUAAACGGAUGGUAACAUGGGCCGUUAAGGAUUAAUCGAGGCUGUGAAGGCUGUUGUGAUAUAUGGCAUUGCAUAUAUGGUCAUACUAGAGUAUAACAGCGCUACAGCGAGAUCUAUUGAUAUAUUUAUCAAUUAUCGUCGACUAUGAGAAUAUCAGGAAAUGUCACUUAUUCGUGAACGAAGAGAGUUGGGUGCAAUUUGAAUUAAUAUGUACAGCGUUUAAUUAAUCAGUUUUACACACAACGGCCAUAUUUAAAGUAUAGGUCAUAUUGUUCAGUGUUGUUUUCGGUAACGAUUAUAUUCAGUAUCAAUUAUAGUUUUUACAUUUCUGUAUUGUAGCAUGAAGCUGUUUCGUGAGUUUAAACUGUCGGAUUUUUGUUACGAUAGAACAAUUUUGUUUACUUUAUCGUUUACUUGGAUGAGCUAAUGGAAUGACAAAUUUAAUCUUUUCUAGAUUUUAUAGAAUAAUAUGUUCUCUUAUAUAAAGUCAGAUGAUAAUUAAAACAUGUUUAAAUUCUUAUUUUAAAGCAAUACCUAAAUUCGAUACAUAUACAUGUGCAUAUAUUUAUACAUAUGUAUGUAUAUGUACAUCCAUUCUGAACAAAUAUAAAUGAUUCGCUUGAUAUUUUUACUGUACUCGCUAGCGACAAGUGAGAGCACCAGCUCACAUUUGCCAAUCGAGAUCCGUCUGUCUAAUGAUCACUCUGCUUCCAAUAUUUCGCGGCAAAAAAGGUCAAAUGAACAGAGGGCAAGAGAAAAGAGCGAAAGUGAUAUUAAAAUACUUUUAAGGUACGAGAUUUCGCGUCAUUGCCUCAUCAUCCUUAUGCUAGACAUGCAAAUAUGAAUUGCGAUUCAUUUUGAAUUUGACUAUGCACCAAAGCUGGGUAAAAAAACACUAAAGCGUGAUAGUGAAGCGAACAAAUAACUUUAAUAACAAAUAACUUGCGUAUUAUUUAUAACGUCAGCAUUGUUGAACGUUAUAAUACCUACCUAAAGGAUGAAAUAGUGUAAUGACAAGUGUGCAUAAAAUUAUUUCAGUGUUAUUCAAUGUCUUUGCUGACCGAUAGAACCAUGGUUCAAUGUAACUAUUAUUAAUAAGCUUCGCUCAGAUUGAGAGGUGUGAACUCAGUGUUUUGCCCAGCUCCAUUAAAGUAAUGUAUCCGCGAUAUUGCCAAUAGUCUAUCAUUAAAAAGAAUUGAUAGUUUUAAGAGAUGGAGUAAUAUGUAAUUAUUGCGAAGCGGUGUCGCCAUAGAUUAACGACAAAAGCAUUUCAUUGUAAAAUGUGUAACAGCUGAUCAUCUCGUACUUAUAUCUUCCUACAGACUAAUUGGAGAAGUUUCUCUCGUCUGAGGCACGGCAAAGCUUCUCCUUUCAGAACGUACAGUCAGCGAGUCGUUCUUUAAUCUUGUCGUCGCUACAUAUACAUAUAUCAAACCUUAUAAUUAUAAUUCAAAUUUUUUUGUAUGUUAUUUUUUAUAUCUGUAUAUAUUAUAUUAUCACAAAAGAUUGCUAUAUUUAAUGAGAAAAUAUAUAUUUCCGUUUUUUCAAACAAUUCUCCUGAUUCUUAUUUUGUUGAAUUUAAUAAAAUUGAAGGGAAAGAGAAUUAGACAAUGACUCACUGGCCGCGUUCGUGAAAAAGAUUCGCUUUUAAUAAUAUCGCGAUUGGAAAUCAAUUGCAUCUCAGUUCCUUCAACAUCAUUCGUGUCUCGAGUUGCAGUUUGAACGAUUGUCUUGCGUUAAAUACUCAACGCCAAUUAUGCGAAAUUUCUCACCACGAACUUGUAAUCUCUUAGUUGAGGAAACAUGGAGCUAUCACAUAGUGAUCCAUCUGAGGAAACGCGCGUUACUCCGUUGGAUAUUCUGCCAAUUUUAUCAGCAUAAGAAGAGACAUUCGCGCAUCACGUACAAUCUGAUCGAGACUAAUGAGUCAAUUAUUGUGCACAUUAGUCCUCGAUUAGUCGCGACUAUGUCGCGCGCGUUAUUUUCCUAUUUAAAGCGUUAAGCUAACGUCUAAACGCACCGUGUUUAUAUUAUAUUGGUGGCUUUGUCCCUAAAAGCUGAACAAAAACAGAACAAUUUUAGCGAAAUCUAAUGUUUAAUGCGUUAAGUAGUCAUCGACACUCCUAACAAACGGUCUUCUAAGCAUGAAAAUAGUGUUUGGCCUCCAACGUAGAUGAUACGCUGUUGUUGUAUUCUAACAAUUUUCAUAAUCACUGCCACGGUAAGAGUGGCGGAUAAAGCUGCCAUUAUUAAAUUGAAAUAGUUGGAAAGAGUCGGUUUUUUAAUCGCGCAAUUACCGUUACGAAUUGUGUGUGAUGAUUGGACGUGUUAGAUCGUGUCCACACGAAUGUUAUGUGUCUUCGUUAAAAAUAUAUUUUUAUACUUUUCCUAAGAAACGCGCGUACUUUUGAGAGACUAAGAGCAAAGCUAUAUAGAAAUACGAGAUUAUUCUCAAAAGCUGAAUAUUAUUUUUUUACGAACAAAAUUUUAUGAACAAAAAAAGUAUGCAUUACAAUGCAAACAAAAUUGUUACUGUGCGUAAAAUUGAACGCUAUAAUUUUUUUUAUUUUUUCAAAUUUUACGUUAUUAUAUAUAAUUGUAUAUAAUUGUAAUCUGAGAUUACGGAUCUGUUUUUUUAUUUGCAUCAUUAAUCAAUAAUAAAUUACAAUAGUGCGUACAAUUACAAUAGCAUGUUCCCGAUGAUUAUUCUAAAAGGAAAAACACUUAUUGCGAAGUCGUUAUAACAAUUAAUCUCAUAUUACAAGAAGAAAAUAUAAAGUUAAUGAAAAGGAUAUCUUGGAAGAAUAUCCUGUCAUCCACACAAGUUAGUAUAAGAGCACAUGUAAAUGCUUGGAAAUGGCAUUUUUAUAGAGGGAUCUUCCUCUUAAGCGCUUUUUAAAUAUUCUGGAUGUAUUUAAUAGUUUUAAGUGGCGCAAUUCGGAUUAUUGCAGCGGAGACUCUUUACAACUAUUUAAAUUUGCGAGCCGCUCUUUUAUCGUGAUCCCCGUCGCAUGCUUCUAUAUUUUUAUAUGUACUUGUGAAACCGUUUGAAAGAGAGAAUUGCCUCCUCCCAAUUGUAUUUCCGGACAUCAGAUUUGUUUAGGUAUUCGAGGUGCUUCGUUAAUAACAUUAAGAUCUCAACUGGCGAGUAGAUAUUUGUUUAUGUACAAUCGCGGAAAGGAUCAAUCCGCAGGAAGACUGUGCGUGCAGUUAUAACGUAUAAAAAGAAAAAAAAAGAGAAAUAAAGCAUGCCACAUAAAAUGUGAUGUGAAAAUACCUCUGUUGUUGUUUUUGAAAAUUGCGAUUUUAUGAUUGGCUAAGUUCUUCUAGAAACGGUGUAGGAAUAAGGCUGUGUAACCAUUAUUAGCAAGAUUAUUUCGCGACCUGAGUUAUGACCUCCUGCGAUAUAGAUAUUGUUAUAUUUAGGACACUAAGCGUCAUAAAAGCAACGAUUAGCAGGGAUAACCGGUCAAAUUGCCUUAUGUAAGCCAGUUAUUGUGUUAUUUGUAUACUUUUUACAUUUAACACAAAAGAAUUCUAAUAUCACGGAGUUCAAUAACAAGUUCACUAAAUAAUGGAUAUGUAACAGUCUUCAUUGGACAUUGGAUUUCAGAUUACUCGUAACUUCCGCGAAGAGGAGAACUUUAUCUCCGACGAAUAAUAAAAGAGCGACGUUUUAAAGAAGACGAUGAAUUUUUAAUUUUUAUGUUAUGUGGCAAGUACAUCACAAUUUUUGAUUAUUAAUUUCUCUAAUCUUUCUUGCUGGAGUGUAUCUACUUACAAAUAUUGUUAUUUAAACAAAUGUUUUUUUCUUUUUUUUCUUCCAAAAUACAAUGGCGCUUAGUGCGUUGACAAAUGUUUAUUUGUAAGUUUAUUUAGGCGAAUUAAAUUUGUGUAUUUUUCAGUGCGAAUCUUUAAUAAUGUUACUAAGAUAGAAUGAUUUUAAGUGUUUCUUUGAAGAAGCUGAAAGCAGUGCUACGAGUGCCGAAAACGAGUUUCGUCGUUUUAUGACACUAGUACGGCAUUUUUCUUUUAAUUAUAGUCAGAUAGCGGCUUGGUUCCUCUGCCAAAACUUCCUUGUCGCCGCAUCAACUCUCAUUAUUGUUAAUGAUAUGUAUUCAGUAUUUGUGUUAUUUUAGAUUCUUCUUAUCAUUGUCAGGUAUAUUACGGUUUAUUAUAUCAUUAUUACUGCAAACAUUGUGUAAUCUAUUAUUAUUCCAUAAUACAUGGUUUUUUCGAAAUCUA